CAACCGAAUGCAGCGGAAACAUGCGGUUGCGGGGGGCGGAGGAGGAGGAACGGAAGAAGGGGUAAGCAGGGUAAAAGAAAUGCCGAAGCUCACCGGUACUCGCGGGGAGUAUUUUAUGCGAUCGACAGCGGACGAAACUUCCUUAGUUAUGAUUUGUAUCUGACACCGGCGACAUCGGCAGCUUCAGGGCCCCCGCGCCGGAACUGAUUGGUUAAGCAAAGGUGUAUUGUUGUAUUUUUUGUUUCACUCUCUCCGAGUGUGUGUGUGUGUGUGCUUUUAUUGUCGCUGUGGCACACGAGCGGCGAAGCAGCCGACCAAAGCGCAAUCGCGAGACGCGCCCCCUUCACCCGCCCGAACGCUCACGCACGCACGCACAACCAUCAUCAAACUGCCACCCACCCCACCCGCCCAGCAUGUCAGGUCAGCAUGUCGGGCGCACCACCGAGCACGCCGAUCGCCGCACGUCGCAGAUCUGAGGCAGUGAUCGACGGGCGCCCGGAAGAGCGGGUAGAGCAGGGCGGACGCGCGGUCUCGUCCGCUAGUGCGACCGGAAGUGGGCUGCCGCACCGACCGGCACCGAAGACGCUUACCACCACCAGCACCACCGGCGACGCAAUGGUGCGGCGGUACGAAUUUUGCAACACCACCACCGCCGCCGCCGGACCGGAUGUUGUUACGAAUCCAGUACGACUGGUGGUCGUGCGCGUACGUCAUCGAGACGACAAUAUCAACGUACAUUUGCAUACCUUCCAACGGAACGGGGGCAGGCGCACCAAGGACGGGGAGCGGCCGGAGACGGGCGGCACCAAGUGCGUGCCGCUGCGCAAGGACUGGUGCCGGCUGCUCUGCCCCGGCAUGAUAUCGGUACACGAGCUGCUGCUGGCGGUGUUCCUCAGCAUGGCAGUGUUUUCCGUUGACUCCAAGUCGCUGGACACGAAGCAGCAGCAGCAGCAGCAGCAACAGUCACAGUCCCAGCAGCAGCAGCAGCAUCACCAUCAGCAGCAGCAGCACCAUCACCAUCACCAGCACGGCCAAACGCCGGAGCAGCGCAUGUGGCUGAACCCGUGCGGCUACCCGUCACCGUACGAGAUCACGAUCAACACCCCGAUCAAUAUCGACUUCUCGAAGAUGCGCGACCAGGUCAACACAUCGCUCGGCACGAUGGAGGUGUCGAUCAGGAACUACACCAAAACCAUCUUCGGCGUACCGAUGGACCGGCACCACACGACCUGGGAAAGCCGGGACGAGCCGUGGAUCUACAAGGACGGGCUGCGCAUACCGAAAAAGUUCCGCAACGACAUCGUCGACACGAUCUACAUGCGCAUCUCGUACAUGUCGCUGCAGGAGGCGACGCGCGACUUCUACCGGCUGCUGAAGGACUCGUACCGGCGCUACAUCCGGCUCGCCAAGGGCAUCGAGAAGAUGAAGGAGGAUCUGGAGAACGUGCACAACAAGGCGAAGUACAAGCGGUACGAGCUCGAGCUGCUGAACCAGGUGCGGGAGGAGGUGCGGCAGAGCCUGCAGCAGGUGCUGUGCGAGAUCUUCGAGGUGCUGGUCGUGAUCGACAAGAAGUUCCUGUUCCAGACGCUCCGGGAGGACCACACGAUCGACAUCAACGACUCGUACCUGGACGAGAGUGAGCGGAAGCUGCGCGACUGGACGAUCUACCGCGAGCUGAUCAACCAGCUCGAGUACAUCAUCCAGUACAUGAAGGCGCUCGAGCAGCGGCGCACGCACGGUGGCAACCAAAGCAGCAGCGAGUGAGCGGUGGAAUUGGACGACGGUUUGGCUGGAAACGAUUGGGUAGGGUAGUUCAACGGAACAAGAAAACACAUGCUGUGGUACUGAUGGAAACGGGGAGAGACAGAGGUUAGCGUGCCGAUAGUCUCUGUCUCUCUUUGGGACGACGCACACAAACCUACCUCUGCGUCUCUCUUUCUCUUCAUCAUCAUCAUCAUCAUCAUUAUCGUCGGAGAUUAGCUAAGCGACGAACCUAGCUGUACUGUAAAACCGCACGCCAUGCUAUGCGCACAACUACUAGAAGAGUAUUAUUUAUAUUACAAACAAGGAAGAGUAUAUUAUUGUAUGCCGUAACAAACCAGCAAAUAAAAAAAAAACAUGAUUCAUCUGAAGCAUUCCGUUCCCUGUUGCGCUGCACGCCCCAUAGCGCACACCGCCGGAGCAUUCUCGGGCAAAUUUUUAGAGACGUUCUCGACGUACAGCAUUCAUCCUACACCUUAUCCAGGGGUUUUGAUGUAGUUGCAUCGAACAGUGUAUUACCCGUUCGCAAGAUAUCGUUGAGGUAUCAUAAGGCGCUACCACUUUCUUGCAGCAAACUCUUUCGGAUGGUCGGCGCAUCACGUAUUCCGAACGUUUCUCAACCGUUCACCCAGCAGCGUUCCCCAGCAACGACUUUAUCAAUAUUACUCUAAUACAGUUUUCAUUUAUUUAUAGCGUUUAUGGUGAAGAAAAAUAGUUCCACCCGCAGGUGAUAUAUAUAUAUAUACCGAUCGCGCACGGACAGCUCCCAACAAAACUGGUCCAAACGAACGGACACACACACACACGCACACACGUGGUCAUUUGCGUGGGAUCAUCUUUUAGCUAUGUUUUGUAGACGCAGAGUGUGCCUGGUUUUCCACCGCUCGUUUUACAUUUUUGAUGUGUGCGGGCAAAUAUAGAACUGAAAGAUAGUGAACUCAUGAAAGAAAGAAAAAGAGAGAAAAAUCUGCUAUCAGGACGAGAAUGGGGAUAAUAGGAUAAUUUCCACCUAAGCAAUCGCACAUACACCUUCCCACAAGUACACUUGAUACAUUGAUAUUAUGCUUUUCUUAUAACAUUUAUACGUGUUGGAGUAUGUUUACGAUUUUUCACGAUCCAUGUUUACAGGCUUAAUAUUUUUACAUUUAUUUUUUUUUCUUCCUUCUCUCUCUCUCUCUCUCUCUCUCUCUCUCUCUCUCUCUCUCUCU